UUGUUAUGAGAGGCAAGCGUGGGUGUGACUGGGGCAGCGAUACUCCUCGUGUUCAGUCAGUCACCUAGCUCCGCUUCUAUCGUUCAUAUUCACAGCGCCAUCAUCGCUGCCGCUGCCGCCGAUGAUCUGCGUCGUGUCGCGCCGCGCCGCGCCGCCGCCGUCGUCGCGUCGUGUUGAUAACUUGUGAAGUAGUGAACGAAAAGGAUAUAUGUAUAUGUACGUCUCGUCUUUCAGUUGACUUUCAACGCAGUUUUGUAGCGAACGUUUCGCACGGAUAUCCAAAGGAAUUCACUAUCACUACGUAAUAAACUUGAUGUAUGUUUUUCGAGUAUAAGAAUCUUACAAGUGAAACGUAAUUUAAAUCAUAUACAAGUUUUGCAACUUUUAAGCUCGUUCGUGAUAUUAAACAAGAAGUAAUAAUAUUUUAAAAGGAUAGCGUCACAGAGACCGUGGCGCAAUGCAGUGUAUGUUUGGAUGCGGAUAUAAACUGUGGUUUAUUAUUACGGUUAUUGGAGACGUUGGUCUCAUCAUAAAUACUGGUGGUGAGCGCUCUUGGAGUGCCUUAUAGUCAUGCUGCCCAUGGUGCAGCCAGAACCCGUGAUCUUCAACUGCGGAGGACACUCUGCCAAUGGAGCCGCCGCACCGUCGAACACGCUGCCUCCGUCACUUACACCCGAAUCUGACGUAGAUGAACUAGUCGACAUCUUUUUUGAUGUUGAUGUCGCUGUUAACACCUAUCCAAGAAUUGAAUCCUGUGACCUCCAACUGGGAGACACAUGGAGGGGGAUGCAAGGCAAGAUGAGCGUGACAACGCCGGUUAAGAAGAUAAGAAAAAAGUCAGACAAUAAACCGCAAUCGCAAAUAAAUAAGUGUCACAACGAAAAGAGACGCCGCGAGCUCGAGAACGAGACGAUAAAUCAGCUCGAAGAACUCCUUGGCACGUGUUUAGCUGAAGUAAAGCAGCCUGACAAGAACGGCAUCGUUCGGGCGGCCACCUUGCAGAUUAAGGAGGUGCUCGAGAGACGGGGCGAGUGCCCCGGAGAGUGCCCCGUGCGCAACGCCCAGUGCCUGUCGCCGGUGCAGGCGGGCGAGGUCAGCUCCACGCAGCCUCCUGCUUGCUUGCAUUACACAGAGAUCACAACACUUAUUGAAGCUCUCAAACACUAUACUGGAAGUCUUGGUUGGGUUUUAUUGGAAAUAAACUCAAAAGGUGAAAUUGAAUGUGUCUCUGAAAAUAUCAAGGACCUUACUCUCCAAGAUAGAACAGAGCUGUAUAAGAAGUCGAUUUUCUCACUUUUGCAUGUUAAUGAUCAAGCUAAAUUGAAACCGUUAUUGAGAGUUAUAGAAUCAUUUGCAUGGGGUUCGGGUGAAAUUGAAAAAUUUCAAGCCAUUCAAGCCCGAUUACUUGUCAAGAAUACUGAUGGAACUGAAGGAACUGGGUACGUGGAAGCAGUGAUCCACGCUGCGCCAGUACGCGGCUCGUCUUCGGAGGAGGCCGGCUCCGUCAUGUGCGUCAUCCGGCGCCGCGAGGACGCGUCGGCCGCACUUCUGCCAUUGGACGGGGGUCCGCCCGCCAUCGCCGCCAAGCAGUCUGACCAUAUUGUCUUCCGAUUGGACUGCAAUUAUAUAAUUCUCUCUUGUGAUUUACGUGGAGUGGAAAACAUUAUAAACUGCCCUGUGUCUCUGGUGGGUACUCGUUAUUUGGAACUAGUGGACAGUAGUGACCGCGUUCUGGUAGUUGCGCACCUGCAGCAAACGGCCAGCUUUGCCGCGCCGCCCGCCGUCAGCGCCGCCUUCCGCCUGCGCCUGGCGCCCGACCUGCCGCCGCUGCGCGUCAGCGCGCGCUCGCGCCUCUUCCGCGCGCAGCCCGCCUCCGGGGAGCCCGACUUCAUCAUGUCCACGCACACGCUGCUCGCCGACGACGAUCUCGAGCUGCUCGACGAGCCCCGCCCCGCGCCGCUCUCCGCCUCCGUCUCCAACGGGGAGUCUUCCGACUGCGACCGCUACCGGUCGCCGAUAAGCCCUGGCGGCGACCACUUUCUCAACGACUUCGAUCUCGACCCGUGGGGCUCGGGCUUCCAGCUUGGAGACAUGUCCGGGGAGGACGCGAAGGAUCGUAAGGACGCAUCGUCGGAGCCGCCGGCGACGCCCGCCACGCCCCGCGCGCCGCCCACGCCGGGCUCGGGCCCGCCGUCCGUGCCGCCCGCGGAGGAGCCCAACCGCCUGCGCACGCUGCUCAGCAAGAAGCCCGCGCCGGGGGACGUCACGCUCAACUCCAACAACCGCAUUUUGAAAGACCUGCUUAAGGAGGACGAAGAGGCGACCGGCAGCGAGACGUCCGCGCCGCACACGCCGCUGACGCCGCACACGCCGGCGGCGGCGAUGUCGCCGCUGCACUCGCGGCCCUCCCCCCACCCCGCGCACACGCCCCACGCCCCGCCUCCGCCGCACGCGCCCCACUCCAUGCCAUCGCACAACUCUGAAGUCUUGCUCAGGAUAUUGAACGACAAAUCGGAUGAAGAUGGCGAAGAUCGGCGGAACUCGGACGGCCGUAAUACCUCGCAGCCCUGCGCGUUGCUCUCCCAACUAUUGUCUAGUAGUAACGGGCCCUCGGGCAACGGGCGAAGUCAAGACUCUAGUGACAACUACCUCGAGAGAAUAGCCGGCGUAAAGCGCAAGCUGGAAGAGAAGGGCGCCGCUGCGAACGCCAAACGCGCCACGCCUGAAAAUCAACAGGUUUCAUCAUCGGCGGUUCCCCCGGCGUCCUCCGUGCCGUGUUCGGCGGCUUCCUCCCCGGCGACGACUAGCAGUGGUGGCAUGAGUCAACUCUGCCAGAAGAACCAGAUCCUGGUCUCUCUGCUAGCGAGGCAGCAAACUACACCUACGACUCCACUGCCAUUACCAAAUCCUAACCUGAGAGCAUACGGGCCCGCGACGAGACCGCGUCCGCCGCUCGCGCCGCAGCAGAUGUCGCAGCAGCAGCAGCGGCAUCACCAUUCGACGCUCUCAACUAUACUCACUGGGCCUGCUCACCGCGCGAGCAGCGUGAACGGCGGGCCGGGCCCCGCGGGCAGCCCCGAGUGCGGGCCGCUGCCGCAGAGCCACCUGCAGAUGGUACUGCAGGGCGCGCGGGGCGCCUACCCGCCGCCCGCCGCGCCGCCCGCCGCGCCGCUGCACUACGCCAACACCGCGCCCGCGCACCACUACGCCGGCCAGCCUGGCAGCAGUUCCCGGAGCUCGGGCCAGGCGGGCGCGGGCGACAGCGAGGUGCCGAGCGACCAAACGCUGUCCGACAUCCUGGACGAGGUCAUCGACCACAUGCCCGACGCCGACCGCCCCGCGCCCAGCGUCAGCACGCUCAUCGACCUCGAGACGAGCCGGCAGCUCAGCUACGCGGGGAAAGAAAAGAACGCUAUGAUCAACGCGAUCACACAAAGCCUCAUGCAGUGUGAGACUGUGACCAAAAGUCCCGUGUCGUCGAGUCCCGGGGCGCCGCCCGUGUACGCCGUGCAAAGUCCGUCGUCGUGCAACAUGGGCAGCAUGGGCGGGCUGCAGUACGCGCGCGGCGCGGACGGCGCGCGCGCCCGCCAGCUGGAGGAGCAGCACGCGCGCCUGCUGCAGCUGCAGCGGCGGCAGCAGAUGCUGGUGUCGCCGGAGGCUGCGGAACAGCCGCAGGCGGACCUGGGCUCCACCAUUAACGCGUUGGUGUCGGAGACGCCGCCCAACGUAGCGCUCACCAGGACAGACUACCACCAUUUAUAUCACCAAUCCAAUCAAAUGGGUUCAAACUAUGGUACAAAUAAAAUUACGUCGUCGCAGCAGAAUCCUAUGCUGAGUCGUCAAUUAAGUGGCUCCGGCGCGGGCUACGCGCCGCACUCGGCCGCGGCGCUGCACACGCCGCUGUCGGCGCCGCCGCCGCCGCAGCCCUACCUGCGCGCGCCUCGCCCGCAUCUAGUGGGCGGCUACUACGAGGACGGCGCCAGCGCGGGCUACUGCGGCGACUUCGCCCGGCGGCCGCCGCUGCACCACCACGCGCCGAUGCCGCACGCGCACCACGAACCGCCGCUGCCUUGCGCGAGUAACAACGGGGGCGCGGCGGGCGGCGGCGCAGUGGCGAGCGGCACGUCGGAGUACGUGCGCAACGAGCUGCGCGCCGUGGUGGGGGCGCGGCUGCAUCCGCCGCUGCAGUCCGACCUCGACCCGCUGAUGACCUUCGACAUAUCCACGUCAGGUGGCGGCAGCGGCGGCCCGGCGCCCGCUGGCUCGUGGGAGCCGCAGACCACCCCGAAUACUACGGAGGCGGUCACGGCGGAGGCGGGCUCGGCGGCGGCGGCGGGCGGUGAUGAGACGGCGGCCGAGGCCAAGGCCAGCGCGUCGCUGCUGCAGAAGCUUCUGUCGCAGUGAGCGCCCGCUCCUGCAUUUACUGAGUUCGCCUCGCCCACUGCGGUCUACUACCUGGUACCUCUGCGGCUGUAAAUCUCACCGACGUGAGACUAAUAUAGUACACGUAUUUAUAGAGCGUCUCGCGCGUAGUCUAGUAGUGCUAGUGAUAUUUUUCAAUGGCGGCCCGUUCUCGAACACGUCGGGGACGCCGCUCGACCUCGAUCUUUACGUUUCUGUAUCUCUAUGUAACUAUAAUUUUAACGAUACGAUGCGAAAAACGACGGUAGCUUCCUGCGAAGGAGUAAAAAUAAGUGAUUUAAAAUAUUGAUCCAUUUGUACGACUAGUAUGCAUUCACAAUGUACGAAUAAAAUAUACGGCGUGCAAUACUGUACAGAAAUAAAACACAUAUUUUGGCGUUGUGAACGUUAUGUAUUAUAGUAUGAAAGUCAGAUGUUACCUGUUAUGACAAAGUAAUUUGUAUUAUAGAUGAGACGUCGAAUGAAAAGGUUUCUCAUUUGGAUAAUGUUAUUUUACGUGUGUAAAUAUGUUGUUAAAUUAUAGCUGUUGCUUUAUUGUAAAUAUUUUGUUACGACAUUUCAAUGUGUUUUGUGUACGAUUUAAUUUCUUAUAAGUUUAAACCAUUAAUUGAUAUUCAUAAAAAAAAACAAAUAUUAUUUUAUGACUUUAAAAAUUAUUUGUAAAUUUCUAUAAGCGUGUCAUCAUAUUAUUUGUUAUUAUGAAUCGGCGUAAGUUAUAAUCACAGAUAUAAGAAUUUAAGUACACAGUUAUCUAUUCGAUUGACAUUUUAAUAAGCUUUUGCAAUGUUUUAUUUAUUUAUAUUGCGUUUUUAAAACAGAUGAGUGUAUCUACACAUUCAACCUCGCAAAUAGAAAGUACACAAUGUUUAAAAUUAGCGUUUUAUUUUGUGGUCCAGCAAACAAUGCCUUAGCUAUAUUUUUACUAUUUAUUUAUGACAUUAAUUAACCUAAACUACAUAUAUUUGUAUGGAGACAUAAAACAAUAUUCUUACACUCCGUGACAUCUUUUGUAACCAAUAUUCGAAAAUAAAAUAUUUUAAGAUUUAUUUUGGUUUUUUAUAUGAUUUCUAUUUAUUUCUUUCAACAAUACACAACAGUGUGCAAAAACAAACAGCACGCUAUUUCAACAAAGUGGAGAUUUGAUUUAUCUAAUUAGCUUAUGUCUGUGUUUAUAAUAAAAGUGUGAAUAAUGUGAAAUUCCACAUGAAACUAGUGUGCUUUUUAGAUUAUUAUGUUAGCGACAUUACCUAUGCGAUUUUUUUCUGAAUGCGAGUGUUUUCGGAAAAAUUAGGCGUAUAAUGGGGGAUGCGAAUGUAUACAUGACGCUGAUUAUGGUUGUUGAUCAACUAGAAAUUAAACAGAAACUCAUAGUUUUAGAAACCUGUGUUUAUACGUUUUGAUAGAAAUAAAUAAUCUUUUUAAUUAAAAAAAAGUUGCAAUAGUAGUUACCUGUUUCGUACUCGUAUAACCGAUUCAAAUGUAAAUAAGUACAUAUACUUGAACAACCAUAGUCAGUGUCACUUCCAGGAAAUAUAUUUGAUAAAUUUCUCGUUAUCAUUGACUUUAACUUGAAUUAACAAGUAGCAACGAUUGAAUAAAGUUAUAAGUGAAACAUACAUACAAUUGGGAGUUAAUUAUAAUUAUUAACAUUUAUCUAGAGACAAAAGUAUUAUGCUAUGAGCAAGAUAUUAUUGUCAAUGUGAAUAAACAACAUAAAUGUUACAUUUUAUUAUUAAUGAUUUGUAAUGUAAUAUUAAGCACCAAAUUAGCAGUUCAAGUUGCUAUUACUUAUAGGCAGCGAAAUAUGCUCCUAGUUUUUUUGGAAGUAUAAAAUGAAAAUUAAGGUAAAAAUAUUUGUUUGAAUGAACAAUGGUUUAUGAAAUAACAUUCUUUAAAUUUAAUACCUAUUUUGUUUUUCUAACGUUCUAUACUACCGUAACUAAAAUUUAAUUUAUAUGUAAAAACUUCGCAGCAACACAGUUUUCGCUGCCUAGUUAAAUAUUUGACGUUAAAAUUAUAAGAUUUAGGAGUGCACAAUGUUACAAUUAUAUUGCUUAAAAGCAAAAUGUGUACAUUAAAGUAGUAACUUAAAUAAUGAUGGCUGUCAAAUCAUUUAAAUGUGGUGUCAUCGCGUGUUUUCAUUGACUGUCGUUAUGCGCGUCAUAAUGUAAAAUUAUUUGGACCGGAUUUUUGGCCCGAUGACAUCUUUCUCUAUCCUUGUUACAUUCGAAUUCAAAAUAAAAAAGUUCAAAUAAUAUAGUCAAAUAAGUUUCUCGUUUAAUCGUUUAUGAAACUUGCAAAUUGUGUACGUUGUGUUUCUGUCUACAAAACAGCUGACGCAUAAUAACAAUCGUGUUUACAAGACGAAUGUAGCAUAUACUGUACAUGAAAUGGCAAUAACUUAAUGCGGACGUCAAGUACUUAAGUAAUAUUUGGUAUUGGCUCAAAGUAAUUUUCAUGACAUGUUUAAAGUUGUUUUGAUUUGAUUAUCUUUCAUAUAGUCACCACAGUAAUGUUUAGAUCCCCAUUGAAAUUGUGAUGUGUUAUACCUAACUAAUGAUAAACGUACAAAUAAUGAGUGUAGAUACCAUUAAAACAAUUUAUAGUAAUAUCUGUCUAGGACAUAAAUAUUUUUGUACCAUUAUGAAAUAAAUAGUUCUGAUGUUUAGGCUACCGACCAAACUCAUUCUCAUUGUUAUUAAUAAAUCGAAAAAUUAACGCACUAAAUCGGUAAAGAAGAUAAUGAUAUUUAGUGAGAUAAAGCUUUACAGUAUCCCACGACCGUAGCAAUAUUAAAUUUCAUUCCAUUUACAUAAUUAAUGGAUAGGGAGGUUUAAAGUUUGAUAGUGAUUAUCAAAUCAAUAAAGUACAAGUGAUGGCCUUGCUAUGUGACAACAUAAAAAAUAGAUGAGAACUAGUCGAAUCUACCUACAUAAUACAUAUUAUAUUGAGAUACAAUCCUAUUUUAUCGGAACGCUAGAUGAAACAGCAUAAAAUGCCGUCGCUUAGAUUACGAUGUUUCGAUGAGAUCAAAAUGUACACAAAGGAGGUUAUAUUUUUUGCAGAUUUACUAUAACUUACCUAGUGUUAUGAGGACUAUAAUGAUAUUGGAAAAAACGUCCAUUACACGAAAUAAAAUGGUUUUCAGCGUUAUUAUAAUGUAAAUAGAUCCUGCUGUUAUAAUGAAUGCAUAGGUGCCUGAAACAAAAGAGAUACAUAUUUUUUCUAAACCACCAUAACGAAACAUUGAUAGUUUUUCAUAUAGAAAUAGAAAAUGCAUACGAAAUAGUUACGAUAAAGUAAGCCUUCAAAGCCGUAGAUUUCUCUUGUAAACUACUCGUAUAUUCGAUUUAGUUUAUUAUAGUUCUUUUUAGAUAUAUAGUAUCGAAAUUGAAAGGACAUUGACAAUAGCUACCAAGGAGUAUGAAUGUAACUUUGUUAACUUUGAGAAUUUCACACGAUCAUUGAUCGUCUUUUAUUAACACUUAUAUGAUAUUUCAAUAUUAAAUAGUAAAUAAAUAUUUCUGCUAUUAAAGUAAGUUUUCGAUUAAAAUAUUAAUCAUAAUUAACUGUUCUCUUUAGACAUUGGUAAAACAUCGUCUUCCAAUAUAAAACCUUCAAAAACUUGACUCGGUAAAGUACAGACUGAUCAUGGAGAUUAAAAACCUGAACUUUCAUCACUGUUUUGGCAAACGUGCGCUUGCUACAAUUUAUAUUUACUAUUAGUACCUAUCUAUUGAUCCCUACAAAUGAAACCGUUCUCAGGUUCUCCCUACUUAAUGUCCAAAUGCACUUAAGGGUCGAGCCACAUUUUAACGACGAUCUUUCACAUUUUGCCGAUUAAAAAUUAAGCGCACUGGUAUAGUCGCGUGUUUGAGAAAAUUAUUGGAGUUUCUUUUCAAAAUUAAGUGUAACAACUGUGCUAAAAAUUUAAAAUCAUAGGAGUGAAUAUUACUAUAGAAUUUUUUUUUAAUUUCGCUUGUUAUAAUUCAACUUACUGUACUAUGUGAUCUGUGUUAUGACUUGCCGCUGUUGAUUACCAUUCUUCGCUGUUGGUCGUCGAACUUGCCGGCCGUCGACAGCUGUGGUCGACAGAGUUUUGCCGUCGGGGCGCGUUCGCCGCGUCGACACGAAAGGAUUUCAACACUUUGCGUGUGUGUAUAAGCAAACGCAUUACAAAGAUCCUAAAUGUGCUCAGAAAAUUAAAGUUGGUUAUGAAAAUAAAUAUUAAAAUUAGAAUAUAUUGUAUUCAUCUUGAUGUAAAGAAUUGUCGUAUACCUUAUUUUAAAAAUCAACCUUGUAGAUCAUUUGAUUGUACAAACGGCUAGACGUCACGCGCGAUGAUAGAUUUUCUUGUAGGUUUUAUUUUUACAAUAUUACAAAAAACCAUAAUGCGGAUAAAAUGUUUUUUUUUUUUUUUUAUUUAUGGUAUUUUGGAGCUAUAAUGGUAAUGUCCAGUAUAUCAAGAGCAUGAUAUAAAUUUUCAAAGCAUACCUCUGAAGAAGAAAUUGGUCUAUUGAAAUGUUAUGUAUAAUUUGGAAUUCUAUGUAAGAAAAAUAACUGUAACUUUUAUAUUUAAGGUAAAUAUAGACCAUUGUCACAGAGUUAAAUUUACCUAAUUAAAAUAAAUUUAAUAGGGUCCAAAUUUUCCAUCCAAUGUUUCAGAGACUUAAACAAAAAAUAAUUGGACUGUAUUAACGAAUGUGAUACGUCUAUAAGUAAUAGAAAUAUUUUUUUAUUGUGUCUUUGCUCUGUGACAAGGGGCUAACGAUCACUUGGCAUCGGAUUCGUGGAAACAUGGAUGUGUACGGGAAUCUUUGUUUCGCAGCGUAAAAACAUAAUUAGUUUCUAAAGAACUUCGUUGUGUUUACGGAUUACUUCGAUUCUACUUCACUAGGAACUUGUCGUUUCGUAGGGAUUUAAAAAUUUUAUAUGUGUAAGAUUACGUGUGAUAAAAAUAUUUAUUAUAUGUAGUAAGAUGGCAGUCGCUAACACAAGGAGACAUUUCCCGUACAUUACUGAUUUUAUUUUUUGUAUAAAAUCGUGUCUCUUGUCUUGGCCUGUCGUCUACGAACAAGGGUAUUUUUAUAUUAUGUACAUUUUAGGUUUAACAUUUCGUUAUAGAUUUUAAAAAGCUAAUUAUGUUUUUUCGAGACAUUGCGCAGUGAUUUUUAGGUAUUGGUAAUACGCGGGAAAAGCUUGGCUAAACUAGUGCUUUUUAGCACACGUAUUUAAAAGACAACUACUAGACAUAAAAGUUUGCAUAUUUACCGAUUACGGGUUGAACUGAUAUCCGACACUUAUCAGGUUGGCCGCCCGUCCUGCAACUGAUGUCUGUCUGGGCCGUGGUUUUCCUUGCGUGCGACCGGUAAAUCUGUGUUAUUUAGUUCUUCAUAUAUUAGUUAAGGCCUCUUGUGUUGCUGUGCAUUUCAAAGCAUUGUAUGUAUGUAUGUUUAUAUAUAUAAUUGUACAUAGAUAAAAUACUUAUAUUUUUACGAUUAGCAUACACAACCAAAGUUGUUAUAAAGUGAUGGUUGAUUUAAUUAUAAAUAUAAAUCAUAGGUCGUUUAUUUUAGAAAAGAUAAAACCCGUAUGCACCUGUAUAUGGGGAAUCCAAUAUAUUGCGAAGUCUUUUACACAACCGCCCUGAUAUUAAAAUCGAAUUUAUUAUUUUGUUAUGAAAGUCGAUGAUCUAAAGAAAGUUAAAUUACAAAGAGUAAACAUACGCGAGUGUGACUUACGCUCAUUUCGUUCCUAGUAGCUUGUCCGGAUCAUUUACCUUAAAUUGGUAUUUGUCAAUUACUGAAACCGACGCCUAAUGUUAUGUUGGAGAGUCUGACAUCUAAUGUUUAGUUAAAAUCUGACGAUGUAUAUGACCUAUCACAUUAAGUUGUAUUUUUUUGUACAUUUUAGAUUCGAAAAUAUAUUAAUAUCUAAAU